AUGCAACAUGAGUUUUGGGAAAACAAUGACCUAAUCUGUCUCUGUGCCCGGUUGCCUUCCCGUCUAGUCUGUCCGUGCCCGGUUGCCUUCCCGUCUAGUCUGUCCGUGCCCGGUUGCCUUCCCUCUGUCCGUGCCCGGUUGCCUUCCCGUCUAGUCUGUCCGUGCCCGGUUGCCUUCCUGUCUAGUCUGUCCGUGCCCGGUUGCCUUCCCUGUCUAGUCUGUCCGUGCCCGGUUGCCUUCCCGUCUAGUCUGUCCGUGCCCGGUUGCCUUCCCUCUGUCCGUGCCCGGUUGCCUUCCCGUCUAGUCUGUCCGUGCCUGGUUGCCUUCCCGUCUAGUCUGUCCGUGCCUGGUUGCCUUCCCUGUCUAGUCUGUCCGUGCCUGGUUGCCUUCCCCCGUCUAGUCUGUCCGUGCCCGGUUGCCUUCCUGUCUAGUCUGUCCGUGCCCGGUUGCCUUCCUUCUGUCCGUGCCCGGUGGCCUUCCCGUCUAGUCUGUCCGUGCCCGGUUGCCUUCCCGUCUAGUCUGUCCGUGCCCGGUUGCCUUCCCGCCAAAUCCUUGCAGUUCUCCACUCACCGUGUGAGCCAACCACACACUCACUACUACUAUUGGCCAGUCUCUGUCCACAUCACUUUCUCUAUCUCUCUCUCUCUCUCUAUGCCCUUGUUCUUCAAACCAUGUUGGCUCUCUGUUGCCAGCACCCGACACAAAGAUCAGGCCAUUCCCAGUGUCACGGCAGGGCUUUUAUAA